GAGGACCAGAUUUGAUGAUUGUUUAUACCAAAAAUAUGUCGUUGAUUAGACUCAGCAGACAGCCACAAGUAUUGAUCCAAAAAAGAUUCAUAAAUUUUGGUAUCAGAGUAAUCGAACUUUGACUGUUAGAGAGUUCAAAUUACAACCAUUGAAACCUAAGCUUAUUGAAACCCAUUGCUGCUUCGUCUUCCAUUGUCUUCGAUUCCGAAGACAAACACAAACUCGUCAGUUUCUGUUGUUUGCAUAUGAGUCUUCUUUGUCCGCCAUUACUGGUCACAGAUUGAGCUUUAUAUUGUCGAUUUCGAAGUGGGUUUUACGGAUUUUGGGCAGUUCAGCGAUUGUUAUAAAGCAACCAAAGAGAUCAGAGGCAACCCUUCUCUCCUCUGGUGAAAAUCUUGCAAAGCCUUGAGAUUUGACAUGAUAAAGACUUUGGUUUCUCCUUGUAGUGUAUAUAAGAAGCAUAUAGUUGUCUCCAUGUGCAUCUGUAAAAGUUUAUAUUCCUGUGUUUAGGGAUUUGGAUCUCAGAAGCUGAAGUUUGACCGAUCUUGUAAGAGAGUGAAGCCAAGAGCAGUAAGAAUGGAACUCACAAUCACUCAACCUGAUGAUUGGCAUCUUCAUCUCCGUGACAGUGAUCUUCUUCAGGCUGUUGUUCCUCACAGUGCGAGUACUUUUAAGAGAGCGAUUGUGAUGCCAAAUUUGAAGCCGCCUGUUACAACUACUGCAGCUGCCAUUACUUACCGGGAAUCUAUCAUGAAAGCUUUGCCAUCUGGGACUAGCUUUGAUCCACUUAUGACACUUUAUUUGACAGACAAAACUCAACCUGAUGAGAUCAGGCUUGCAAGGGAAAGUGGUGUGGUUUAUGCGGUGAAGCUGUACCCUGCUGGAGCAACAACCAACUCCCAAGAUGGUGUCACAGACCUUUUUGGAAAAUGCUUACCGGCACUAGAAGAGAUGGUCAGACAAAACAUGCCUUUGCUGGUUCACGGAGAGGUCACAGAUCCUAGUAUUGAUGUCUUUGACCGCGAGAAAAUCUUCAUUGAUACAGUUCUGCAGCCUCUGAUUCAACGCCUUCCACAGCUGAAAGUUGUGAUGGAACACAUUACUACCAUGGAUGCUGUGAAUUUUGUUGAAUCUUGCAAAGAAGGGUCUGUGGGUGCAACAGUCACACCACAACAUCUCCUUCUGAACAGAAAUGCCCUUUUCCAAGGUGGAUUACAACCUCACAACUACUGUCUUCCGGUUCUCAAAAGAGAAAUGCACCGAGAAGCCAUUGUUAAAGCUGUAACUAGUGGAAGCAAGAAAUUCUUCCUCGGUACAGAUAGUGCUCCACAUGAACGGAGUAGAAAAGAAUCAUCUUGCGGAUGUGCUGGUAUUUACAGCGCUCCUGUUGCCUUGUCCUUAUACGCCAAGGUCUUUGAUGAGGCUGGUGCUCUUGACAAGUUGGAAGCUUUUACAAGCUUCAAUGGCCCUGAUUUCUAUGGCCUCCCGAGAAACUCAUCAAAGAUCACACUGAAGAAAUAUCCAUGGAAGGUUCCAGACGUUUUCAGCUUCUCCUUCGGAGAGAUCGUCCCUAUGUUUGCUGGAGAAACCCUUCAAUGGCAACCUUUGAACUAAUGUGGUGGUUUGGAGUUGUUUAAUUUUUCUCCCAAAUCAGUUUAUCUAAUAGAACCACAAUGUUUUUUUAUAAAGUCUUUCAUUUGGUACAAAUAGAUACAACUACAAGUGAUAGAAACGUAUUGUACAGGUUAUUUUUGUUUUUUAAGUUUAGCUGCUUGAGAAAGAAUAAAUUAAUACACUAUGUUCAGA